GUUUGUUUUCAUAUUUAAGUGAGUUUGAUAUCCAGUGCAAUGGAAACAUUUUAUCUCUGGAGUGCGACUCUUGACAAGGCCAACAAAGUUAAAGAAUGGGCUUCAAGUGACGACGAAGAUGAUCGCAUUUUAAGCUUCAGUAAUGUUUUCCUUGGUGAUAGCAGCAAAGAAUAUGAGCUGAAUGUUGUAAACAUAGAGUAUACGGACGUUGAUGGAGAAGAUGUCAGCAGUGUUUUUUUGUGUCCUGCAGAAAGGAGUGACGGACACUAUUCAAAUCCAGCUGAAAACCUCCGAAGACUUCAAGCUUGUUCUCAAAAAAGGAAAUGGUCCAGUGUACGUCAUGGGAACUCAGAGUACCAAGUUUGUCAAUGACAUGGAUGAUGCGAGUAUGGACGAUGAAGAAGAUAUGAACGAAGAAAGCGAGGCUUCUCCUGUGAAAUUGGUGAAAGUAGCUGGGACCAAGAAGAAAAUCAUCGAGACCGAUGAAGAAGACAGAGAAGGCGAAGGCCCAGAGAAAGCGGAGAAAUCUCCUCCUGCUAUGAAGAAGGAAAUUGAAGAACCAAAGCAUCUUCAACUACUGAUGUUGAAGCCUAAAAUAGACAUCUCAGCUUUUUACUUGAACUAA